CCAUGACCAAAAGAUAAAAUCUUAUGAGCACUUAGUAAUUAUUCAAUAUUUUUUUUUUUUUACUUAGUUUUCGAACUAUGGAUAUGUGUGUUAGCGAUUGGUCAAAGAAAAGCACCCAACUACUCCCAAGAGAGCAUGCCAAUCACCUCUUUCAGCUGUAGAGAUAAGAUCAUUGGAGGUUAUUAUGCUGAUCCAGAAACUGAUUGCCAAAUGUUUCAUGUCUGUGUCAAAGUACCAGGACUAGGGGUACAAGAUUACAAAUUUCUUUGUCCGAAUGAAACAUCUUUUGACCAAGAAAAUCAGAUUUGCGAUGACUGGUAUAACAUUGAUUGUGAGGCUUCAACACUUUAUUACUCCGAUAACUUUGAUCUCUAUAGGAUAGGCGGUGACAUACCUAGAACAAAUUUAGAACCUCGUCUGCCCAGUAACAAUAUCAACAAUGCCGUAUCAGAAGUUGACGAUGAUCUCUAUUUACAGAAAAGUGAUCGUGGUGAAAGUGUUGGAUCUGAUCUUUUGAGGGGAAGCCACUCAAGUAACUUUUUCUCGAAUAAGAACAGAGGAAGGGAAGAUGAUGACUAUAGCAAAACUGAAUACAAGAAAAGUAGAACUAAUGUCAAAAAGUUAUUAACUGGAAAGAGGCCUCUGCCUUCAACACAGGCACCACUUGAAGAGAACAAACAAAGCUCUCAACCUCAAUAUCGGCCAAAAAAUAACAACUUUGCAGGAAGAAUAUCACAUUUUCAAAGAAAUCAGCAGCAGUCAACUGAAGCGCCAGCAAGAAUAACUGAAACAUACAAUCACCCACAAUCAUACACACAAAGGAAUUUUUAUUCCCCCACUACUCCAAAAAUAGAAACCUCCCCAGCAACACAGAGAACAGAGUUUUUCAGGAAUUAUAAUCCAACAACAAAGCGUAGCUACUAUGAAAACACUCAAAAUUAUAAUACUCAGACAACACCAUUUCCACAAACUACAAAAAAUUAUCAAAUUUUCAGGACUACAACUCAAGCACCAACAACAGUUAACUACUAUGAAACUACAGUAAAUUAUGAAAAAAAUAACAAUUAUGAAACACAGAAAUUAUAUAAACUUAACACUGGAGCAGUUAAUCAAUAUGAUGAUUCAAAGGAUGAAUUCCUUAAAACAGCACCAAGUCUAAAUCUAGGGGCAAGUGUAUUCAACAGUCUUCAGAACAAUUACAAAAGCUUUAAUACUUCAGUCUCUACAGGCUACAAUUUCAAUCAAGUAACUAAGUCCACAACAGAAAACUACCAGUCACAAACAUAUUUCAAUCCAACUACACAGACACAAAACUAUUACAAUCCGAGUACAUCAAAGCCAUAUCAACAUGAAUACUAUACCACAAUCAAACCUCAACCAACUGAUGUUAAUAACCAAAACUUUUAUAGCACUCAACCACAACAAAGCACACCUGCCAAAAUCAAUUAUCAGUACACUCAGACCACACAAAAACCUUAUCAGCAGCAAUACACUUAUUCUACUGAAUCAACUUAUUCACAAUAUAAUCCAACUACAGUAAAUGCCUUUCAAAAUCAGUACAAUCAACAGCCACAGACAACUAAGAAACCAGUUCAACAAUACAACAGCCAACCAAUUCAACCAACUUACCAAACUCAAAAUCCGCAACCUACUUUCCCGCCACAAAGAAAUGUUCCAGCACAACAAUCUUACCAGCAGCCACAAACAGUCCAGAAUGUACAGCAACAAUUUCAACCACAAAGAAAUCCAUCACAUCAGCCAAUUUCUAACAAUUACUACAAUCCUACAACUUUGAGACCUGUUUCAACAGCCAAAACAACACCGCAAUCCAGGGGUACAAGGCCUACAACCUUAGAUGCAACAGAAAAACCCAGAGCAUUCACACAUCAAACAGUUACGCCCAACAAAGAUCAAAAGAAAGAAAAGGAACAAUAUGAUUAUGCAUACUAUGACGAUGGGACACAAUCAGAAUAUGAUGGUUUAGAACCAGUCGAAGAUUUUAGCAGAACAAAAUCAAAAAAUUAAUCGUUACCCAAUUUUCUGGGUUAUUAGCAUUAAGUAAUUAAUGUCUGGCCAAAUCAAAGUACCAUUUCUUCCAUUUUUGAAGAAAAUUAACUUAUAUUAGGCUCAACCUAAAGUGUUAUCUUUUGUAAAUACUAGAAAUGUAAGGUAAAGUAUUAUUGUCUGUAUUUAAAUGUAUAGAAAAAAGUUAUGUACAGUCAAUGCCAUGCCAAGAGCUUCAAAUGUAAAAUAUUUUGACAAUAUUUUUUAUAUAAUUCCAAUUAAAAUAAAAUAAAUAUUUUUUGUUACUGAUGUCUAUUUAUAAAAAAGUGUAUCUAUUUAAAACAUAAAUAUACCUGAUUAAUAAAAAUAUACGAUUUAAGUAAUGAUAUAAAAAAUAUCAUAAGAUGAAUGUAAAAAUGAGCUUAAUAUUUUAAAAAAUCGUAAUUUGAAAUACUUUAGUUUUCCAGAGUAAUAAAUUAGAAAUCAUGAUUAUUCAUAUUCUUAAGGAAAAUAGCCAAAAGUAUUAAGGAUACCAGUCAGUACAUUCAGAAUGGUGUUGUUAGGUUGUUCAGACCUCUAUGAAAAGAGAUCAGUUUCUUCCCAGCCGUGAGAAACUGUGAAAUUGAUAUAUUGUUUUUAGGAAGGAUUCUAUCCUUCCCCAUGUCUGACAUGUCAUUUUUAUUAUUUUCAUCAGGCCAACUGCUAAUUGUCAACAGUUCAUUGACAGGAAAAGAAUAUUUUUUAAUUUGUUUUUAAUAUAUCAGAACUAUUUUCCAUAUUAAAAAUAUUUUUCAAAAACGUUUAAAACUUUUUUAAAUAUUAAUAUCAAGUAGUAUUCAUUCUAUCAUAGGAUACUUUCCACUUAUGGAACACUAAUGUUAGAUACAACAAAAAAACUGUCAGGUUUAAAUGUUAAUGUGGCAAACUAACUAUGACGUGUUAAUCGUCAUCCUUUCUCAUUUCUACCUCUCAGUAUAAAGUCAGCAUUGAAUGUAAUGGUUUUGAAGAUAAAGACAAGUGGACUACUGGGUCCUUUUAGCAAACUAUUGAUGAGAUUUGGAUCAAUGACAUCUUGGUGAUUGGGUAUUGACAGCUAAUGGCAUUGGAUAAAUUCAGUUCAUAUGCUGCCAGAUCCUCCAGGAACACAACCACUUGUGAAUCACAAAUCUAUAGAUUGUAACACUAGUCAAAUUUAUUUUAUUAUUUUGAUUAAAAGAUUGAUACAACAGUGUUACCCAUUGGUAAUGUAACUAUUCAUCCAAAACUGCUUUGUGCAAAAGUAAAAUUUAUUAAUCUUGGCCAAGGAAAAUAAUUUCCACUAAAGGCUUCUACCAUAAAAUAAAUAUUUAUAUAUGAGAAAUACUCAAUGAUAUGUUUAUUAACAUAAUGUUCUAAUUAUUAAAAUGAGUUUACUUAAAGUAUUAGAAUGAAGAAACAUAUUAAAAAAUAAACAAUAUGUAAGUCUUUUCCAUGAUCUUUAUUGCAUUUCCUUCCACUAUUCCAUAAGGUUAAAUAUCAAUGAAUUAGUUAAGUAUCAUUUUUUUUAUUGUGAAUUUAGAUUCAAUUGAUCAUCAAUUAAAAAAACCAUAGUUUUUGAAUUAACUAGAAAUAUUCCGAUGAGAAUCAGAGUAAAAUACAAUUGUGUUUUUAAAAGACACAGUUUUUCUUUUAAUAAAACCAAAUUUAAAUUAUUUAAAACCUGAAAUUAUUCAUUUGUUAACCUUAAAAAAGAAUAGAAUGAUUUCUAUUAAUCCAAUAAAUAAGUAUAAAUAAUACAAACAAAUACUUAUACUAUUUAAAAAGUAUAGACAAAGUGGGGCUAAAAAUAAAUCAUCAGAAUGUUUGUUGUCACAGAAAGUAUCUAUACUAUAUUUGUUUAAAAAUAACAAUGUGGGUGUAACGAAACAAUAGAAAAUAUUGCUUGCUGCAAAGGCAUUACAUUUAAGAGGUUUUCAGUUACAUUUCUAAUCUUGAUUAUGAGCUAAUUUUCGUUUUUUCUUUUGAAUGUCUGCUAAUGUUUCUUCUAUUGACCGGUGAUCCUUUUUAUUUUCACUUGGAA